AUGGCGUCGCCCGUGACCACACCGCAGAAUCCUGCGCCUAGGCGUCGUGGGCGGCCUCCAGGCACUACUAAUGCGGUUCGUGCCGCCCGCGCGGCCGAGGCUGCUCGUCUCGCCGAGCUGGGUCAGACCGUCUCGUCGCGGAAGCGGCGCUACGUGCCCGGCGGGCCCGGCGGCGGCGGCAGGUAUGUAGACCCUGAGAGUCUACUGAACGCGAGCACGCCGAGGACGGGCGCCGCGCCGCCGUCGUCGCGCCGUCGCGCGGUGGCCAGCCGCGACAUCUCCUACGCUGUCUCGCCCGUCCCACUGCCGCGUCGCGAUCGCAGCACGCGCACCCGAGCCACGGCCGGCGACGACUUUGAAGAGAUUGAAUGGGGCUCUGCUGCGGCUGUGGCUGCGUCCGUCAAGCAGGCCGAGGACUACAAGCCUCGCGAGGAGCGCAGCUGGGAGGAAUUUCACCCGAACCUCGACAUUGAGCAACGCUUCGUCGUCUUCUCCGCUGAUGAAGUGGAUGGUGUCGUCGCGAUGCGGGAGACGCCAAGCACGCCGUCGAGACAGACACCCGGUACACCCUUCAAUGGCGCCGCGACGCCCAUGCUACAUGCCAAUCCCGUCUCGACGGGAAAUACACCGAAUUCCCAGUUUCAGUUCGACGUCAAUAGCCAGCCAGAUUCUCAACCGGCAGCAGGCGCACUGACACCGUCCCGACGCUCAAGAAGAACGGUGCGUGAGUCUGUAUCGUUUUAUGGCCUCCGCAAUACGCCCAUGGCUGGCACACCCCGGACGCCGCGGAUACUGCCAAUAUCGAAUCAGACGCCGAAAGAGAAAUUGGACCUCAAGCAGCCCUCGUUUCGCAAGACCAAUCGCAUAGAAUUGUUUGAGAGCAAGACGUUUGGGCAGGCCCGUUACGUCGACAAGGCCAUGAGCAAUGUGGGGUACCAAGAAAGCGACAAUUUUCUACGACCCGACGAGACAAUGCUGCGCGCCAUCGACAUUGGCGCAGCGGACGACGCGGAGCAGUCGCUGGCAUUGAUACCGAACAAGUCCGAGGAGCACAGCAUCGGAAGCCAUGUGCCCCACACGCAGAAGCUGGGCCGUGUCGAGUACGACAUGGACGAGCAGGACGACAUGUGGCUGGAAUACUAUAAUGCGCAGCGGAAGCAGGCCGAUCUGGAGCCCAUUACUCGCGAGGUGUUUGAGAUAACCAUGACCAAGAUUGAAAAGGAAUGGCACGCUCUCGAGCGGCGCAUCCCUAAGCCGAAUCCUAAGCCACCGCAGACGCACCGGCCACGCUCGAGCUCGGCAGCGGCGGUCAACGGUGAGGUUCAGAGCGGCGGUGCUGGCGGCGCCGGUAGCGGAGAUGAACCAGAUAGCAAAUGUGUCAUCUGCGACGACGGCGACUGCGAAAACACCAACGCGAUUGUAUUCUGCGACGGAUGUAAUCUGGCUGUUCACCAGGAAUGCUAUGGUGUGCCUUUUAUUCCCGAAGGCCAGUGGCUCUGUCGAAAGUGUCAGCUGUGCGGGCGCGGUGUGCCGACCUGCAUCUUUUGCCCUAACACGGACGGUGCCUUCAAGCAGACCAACUCAUCAAAAUGGGCGCACCUGCUAUGUGCCAUGUGGAUUCCCGAGAUUUCGCUUGGCAACCACACAUUCAUGGAACCGGUCAUGGAUGUCGAAAAGGUGCCCAAGACGCGAUGGAGGCUCAACUGCUACAUCUGCCGACAAAAGAUGGGCGCGUGUAUCCAGUGCAGCAACAAGAAUUGCUACCAGGCGUUUCACGUUACCUGCGCUCGGCGGUCGAGGCUCUACCUCAAGAUGAAGACGAGCCACGGCGCGCUGGCCGUGCUGGAUAGCAGCAUGGUCCUCAAGGCAUUCUGCCACAACCACUGCCCGCCAGACUACACGAUAGAAAAUAAUGUCCACCAGGCCACCCGCACGGCCAAGAAAUUUUACAAACGUAACAUGCGCGGCCGCAUCUGGGCGGACAAUCAGGCCAUGGCAAAUGUUCUCGCUGCCCAGCAUAGAGUUGCCAUCACGGAACAUCCUGCUAGUGAGAGCCAAACACCAAGCGCCAAGAACUUGACCAUGCUCGGCAACGGCGCGGAUGAACAGACUGGGCAGGGUCAGCCGCCCAAGAACCUGUGGAAGCUACCUUCUGGCGCGCCGAUUAUUCCGCAAGCAGUAUAUGAUGUGGUUGAGGCGUCAAUCCAGCGCUUCCCUUUUCGGAAGCGCAAAGACUUUUUAGGCGAGGCCUGUCGGUACUGGACGCUGAAGCGCGAGGCGCGCCGUGGAGCGGCCCUACUGAAACGGCUUCAGCUGCAGAUGGAAGCGUUUUCGUCCAUGGAGUUGACUAGGCGCGACUUUGCGUCGAUGGGCCCAAAUGGCAGGACGCGACUGGCGAGGCGCAUCGAAUUUGCUGAGAAUGUCGUCAAAGAUUUGGAGCAGCUAAAGGAGCUGUCGGAAGACGUUGUGCGGCGCGAGCAGCUUCGUGUGGAGGCUGCCGAGCUGGAGAAUGACUUUGUGGACGAGUGCUACUUUCCUGUCGCCAAGCUGCUGGAGCCCGCGAUAGAAAAGGCGGUUUUUCUCGAUAAAGACUUGUUUGAAACGGACCUCCAGGACAUAUUCAAGCGCGUCUCGAAGCGGCACUAUGCGACGGUCAUGCCAUUCGCGCAGGAUCUCUGCAAUGUGAUUAGCAAGGGCAUCCGUACGCCACGGGCAGAGGUGUCUGAUGAUGCGAGCAGCGCAGGCUCGCGUUUUGAGGGCGCCAACGUGUCGCUGUCGAAACCGAGCUUUGCCGAUAUCCGCGAGCGACGCAAGCUGGGCAAGCGAAUACUUAAGAGCGUUCAGCCUUUCUUGGAAUCAGCUCUCCGCGUGGAAGCAGAAAUCAACAGCAAGUCGGCCGAGACACUGGCGACGGAGCUGGAAGCCCUCAUCGAAGCGAGCCUGGACACGACGAAGCCGGCAGAAGCGAAUGAAGAUACCGUCAUGGCGGAUGCACCCGACGCGUCCGAAAUCACCGUGAAAGGCCCGGUGGUAGAUGGUAAUGGAGCAGACUCUGCCGAGACAGACGCCAUGGACACUGCCGAGGACGACGUUGUGCAGGAUCACAUCGAGGUGGCCACGUCGGGGCUGGGCAUUGUCGACGUGACAACGCUUGCCGCCGCCGCCAAGUCGGACAAGGCGGCGGCGACGCGAGCAGCGGGCUCGUCUUCGGCAUCGCCAGACGAUGGUGGCGGCGGCGGCGGCGGCGGCGGCGACUAUGCUGUUAUGGCCCAACAGCAGCAGCAGCAGCAGCAGCAGCAGCAGCAGCAAAAGGGACCGCCCACCCCGCCGCAAUCCAACGGAAGCCUGGGCCGCGAUCCUCCCACGGAUCCGCUGACAGAAGGAGGCAUCCUGUGGCACCUCAAGUCGUUUGAGCCGUGGGGCACCUCGGCACUGCUGGAGCAGACGGCUGCUGUCGAGGUCCCUGGCGGUUUCGACGCGGCGAGGCUGCUCAGCGAGGACCUGACGGACCUGGAUGAGGUGGAGCUCAAGGGCCUGGGCGCGCAUGGCAGCGGCGCCCUGUUGGCUGGUGGUGACGAUGAGGCGGAGGAAGAGGAAGAAGAAGAGGAGGAGGAGGAAGAGGAGGAAGAAGCAGAGGAAGAAGCAGAGGAAGCGGAAGAAGCACAAGCACAAGCACAAGCACAAGAGGCCGCGACCAAGACAAAGACGAGUAAGGCGCGUGCACGUCGUGUGUCGGCUCGACUGCGAUGA